GAGAAUGUUGUCCGGGUAAAUGAUGUCAGUUCCGGAAGUGCUUUGAUUGUGUAACUGUGUGGACUGUGGAGUGGUAGCCGUGCUACUGCAAGUGGUGACCGGAACCGGUGUUUAAUUCCUUACCGAUCUAAACAAGGGACCUAUUAUUGACCAGGACCAACAGAGGAGGAGCAAGAGAAUGCCCAAUGAGGUCACCCCUGCAGUAGAAUCUCCUGGAACAUCAGCCUUGUCUGCGAUUGAAAAUGAUCAAGAUGCCUCUGCUCCAUCAUCUAGCUCCAACCAUCUCUUUCUUGCUCCCCAUGGGGACGAAGGACUCAGAAAAGCGCCCCCCUUACUGCACAUUGACCGUACACAGAUUCAGUCUGUGGAAUCCGAGCAACAGGCUCAGGAGCUGCAGGGACUGGGGAUAGCGGUUUAUGAUCAGGAAGUGCUGGAGCAGGGUGUCCUACAGCAAGUGGAUAAUGCGAUCACUGAAGCUAACCGGGCCGCACAGCUGGCUGAAGCGGAACGAGAGCAGACGGAACUUUUAGAUGAACUACGUUCUUGUGUCACCUCUCUGCGGCAAAUUAACAAGAUAAUUGACCAGCUUACACCCCAGGCCAGUACCUGCAAAGAAAUCGGCCGCAAACUGGAUUCUGUGAAAAGGCAAAAACAUAACAAGGAGCAGCAGUUGAAAAAGCUGAAAGCCAAACAGAGGAGACUGAGAGUGCUGCUGGGACAAAACCAAGAGGGUCAGUUCUCUGAUGAAGAUGAACAAGGAGAGCAGGACGAUGAUGUGCUGUCCUCAAGCCUGGGUAGCAUGUUAAUGCCGUCCCAGGAAACUGAAUGGGAAGCUCUCAUUCGUACCGGACAGAUGACCCCAUUUGGCACCAAGAUUCCACCGAAGGAGGAACACCGGCCACGGAAGGCGAUGCUAAAUGAAUCCUCAGAUUUUGAUAAGUAUUUAGCAGAUCAGGCUCAGUUAGCAGCACAGCGAAAACGUCCAUUGACCCCUAAGAAGGUUAAGAAAUUGGCCACCAAGAGUGGGCCUGAGAGUCCAGUGGUUAAGAAGGAAGGCUCUGUCAUUCCCUCUGACAAAAGACUGCAGAAAAGGAUGCGAAAGUUGCAGAAAAAAGCUCUGCAGACUCAGUUUAGAGCAGGAGUUCCACGCAAAAAAGCUCUAGGUUUCCCUGAAGAAAACACCCAAGGAGAUGAAAGUGAUGGAUCUGUGUACUCUCCAGAUGAAAUGGUGCAGAGCAUGGAUGAAGAGGAUGAAUGGACACACGAAAGCCCGGAAUCAGAUUAUGAGUUAAAACCUCUAUCCAGGAAACCGCCCGUAAAAAGGCCUAAACUCAAGAGCAUGGACCCGCAGUUCCUUCCAAGCUCUGAUGAUGAAGAUAGUGAAGAGUCCUCCAGGAGUAAGAAAGGUCGCCGGUGCAUAGAUGAUGGGGAUGCCAAAAUGUACAAGCAUCGGCUUAGGAAGUGGCACAAGAGGCGGCUGAAGGAGAAAGUGCAACGCGUCGCAGCUGAUGAGUGUGAGGAUAGCGAUGUGGAGUUUGAUGAAGGUUUUCGUGUUCCUGGUGCCCUUUGGAAGAAGCUGUAUAAGUACCAGCAGACAGGUGUUCGAUGGCUGUGGGAGCUGCAUUGCCAGCAGGCAGGAGGCAUUCUGGGAGAUGAAAUGGGAUUGGGUAAAACCAUUCAGAUAAUUGCCUUCUUGGCAGGCCUUAGCUACAGCCGGAUGAGGACGCGAGGCUCUGAUUACAGAUACGAGGGUCUUGGUCCCAGCAUCAUUGUGUGUCCAGCCACUGUCAUGCACCAGUGGGUAAAGGAGUUCCAUGCUUGGUGGCCUCAGUUCAGAGUUGUAGUCCUCCAUGAUACAGGGACAUUUGCUGGCAAAAAGGCGAGGCUUAUUGGUGAACUGGGUAACAGCCGUGGGGUCCUUAUCACGUCCUAUUCUUACGUGCGGCUUAUGCAAGAGGAGCUUCAGAAGUAUAACUGGCACUACAUUAUUCUGGAUGAAGGCCACAAAAUUCGCAACCCCAAUGCUGCUGUGACACUGGCCUGCAAACAGUUCCGCACUCCUCAUCGCAUUAUACUGUCUGGGUCCCCUAUGCAGAAUAACCUGCGAGAGCUGUGGUCUCUGUUUGACUUUGUAUUCCCAGGGAAGCUCGGCACCCUGCCAGUCUUUAUGGAGCAAUUCUCUGUGCCAAUCACCAUGGGAGGAUAUUCCAAUGCUUCACCUGUUCAGGUAAAAACAGCGUACAAGUGCGCAUGUGUGUUACGGGACACAAUAAACCCAUACCUGCUGCGGCGUAUGAAGGCUGAUGUGAAGAUGAGCCUUUCACUGCCAGACAAAAACGAACAGGUCUUGUUCUGCCGGCUUACAGAUGAGCAAAGACAAGUGUACCAGACAUUCAUUGAUUCCAAGGAGGUGUAUGGGAUUCUGAACGGAGACAUGCAUGUGUUCCCAGGUCUUAUUGCUCUACGGAAAAUAUGUAACCAUCCAGAUCUGUUCUCUGGUGGCCCUAAAAUUUUGAAAGGAACCAAAGUUGAGGAUCUGGAAGAAGAGGAACAGUUUGGAUACUGGAAACGUUCAGGCAAAUUGAUAGUGGUUGAGGCACUUCUGAAGAUCUGGCAUCGACAAGGUCACAGAGUGCUGCUCUUCACCCAGUCCCGCCAGAUGUUACAGAUCCUAGAGGUAUUUUUAAUGACUAGGCAUUAUACCUACCUGAAGAUGGACGGAACUACAACCAUUGGAUCCCGACAACCCCUAAUCGCAAAAUUUAAUGAGGACCCCUCAUUGUUUGUUUUCCUGCUCACCACAAAAGUUGGGGGACUCGGUGUGAAUCUUACUGGUGCCAACAGAGUCAUCAUUUAUGACCCUGACUGGAACCCUAGUACAGACACUCAGGCUCGUGAGAGGGCCUGGAGAAUCGGACAGAAGAAGCAGGUGACUGUGUACAGAUUGCUCACUGCAGGAACAAUAGAGGAGAAGAUCUAUCACAGGCAAAUCUUCAAGCAAUUCCUUACUAACCGUAUCCUUAAAGAUCCGAAACAGAGGCGUUUUUUUAAAUCCAAUGACCUAUUUGAGCUGUUCACCUUAAGUAGCCCGGACCCCAGCCAAGGCACUGAAACCAGCGCCAUUUUUGCAGGAACCGGUUCUGAUGUUCAGGUUUCAAAGCACAGUGGGAAGCAUCCAGUACCACAACCUGAGAAAGCAAAUGGUGCAUUCGCUAUAAAUGCCUUUUCUGUGCCACACGAUUCUCCCACGUCUUCUAAUGGAUUGUUGCCAAACUCUCACAAACUCACUGGUCAAGAUGCAUCAGAGAGGAAAUCGAGCUCAGGAAAUGAUCAAAGUGAUGCUAUAUCAGACAAGCCUGAUAAAAGGGACGUCCCUCAGUCCCUACCAGCCGCAUCUGAAAACAGCCACCGCAAACACAAAGCUAAAAUAAAACAUCAAAGCAAAGAAGAACGAGGCAAGAAGAGACGAAAAGAUGCCAGAUUCGAGGGUAAGCGAAUCCCCCAUCUGGUAAAGCAGAAGCCAUUGCAGAAAGAAGAGGCUGAACCUGAAGAUCGAAGAAAAAGUGAUGACUACGUCUUGCAAAAACUCUUUAAAAAGUCAGGAGUCCACAGCGUGAUGAAACAUGAUUCUAUCAUGGACGCAUCUAAUCCAGACUAUGUGCUGGUAGAGGAGGAGGCAAGUCGGGUGGCUCAGGAUGCUCUCCGGUCUCUCAAAGUCUCUCGCCAACGCUGCCAUGCUGCCACCUCUGGGAUCCCAACAUGGACUGGGACAGCUGGUGGUCCAAACAUGGGAAACAAACGCAGAUUUGGCCAGAAGACGAACCCCCUUCUGCACACUCCUGAAGUUCCAGACAAGCCAAUCAAGGACAAAUGCAAGGACUCCAAGGUUACCAAGCAACAGGUUCCAUCCACUGCUCCAUCACACUUCAGUGGAGAGUCUCCUGUUACAGAAAGUAGCUCUACAGCUCUCUCCUCCUCUUCUCUCCUUGCUCGUAUGAAAGCGAGGAACCAUCUUGUGCAGCCUCCAAGAGAGAAUAUGUCCGGUGAGGGAACAACACCUGCUACCGCGGACCCCACAGAACAUGACGAGUUAUUAGCAGACAUGAGGAAUUUCAUUGCAUUCCAGGCCCGCGAGGAUGGAGAAGCCAGCACCCAGGAGAUUCUUAGAGAGUUUGAACCUAAGCUAUCGCUCGCACAGUCCUGCAUUUUCCGGGAAUUGUUACGCAGACUUUGCACUUUCCACAGGGGUGGUGAUGGGGCUGGCGUGUGGAGGCUUAAGCCAGAAUUCAGAUGAGAAUCACUUCUCGAGCAGACCAACAUUAAAACAAUGACCAUUUGCAAAGCCUGCCUUAUUUUUUUUAUAUUUCUGCCGGUUAAGAACGGAGAGCUGAUUUCAUUUGACAACAUUUUUAUUAAACGUUGCACAGAGUUGAUUAAGAAUCACACGCUGACUUUAUUCAUUGGGAUUGUGUACAAGAAAGAAACGUUGUCUCAGGGCGAGUUCUAAAAAGACUAGUAGUGUUAGUGAUUUAGUUUUAAAUUCCAAUAUGAAAUGUGCUGCAAAUGGGAUUCAGAAAACAAGUAACUGACAUUUUGUUUUGUGGAUCAGGAAGACAAAGUUAUCUCACGGUCUUCAGGAUGAACACGUUUACUUUAUAACUUAAAUGUUUGCAGUUAAAGCUGCGGUCUCCUCUGAUGGAUUUGUCAGCUAUGUCUAUGAGCAUCUAAAACUACCCAAGUUAGCCUGAAAUAAUGUCUGUCACUUUCUUUCUCCUAGUGCUUGCAAUACGCUUCCUAAGUGUGCCGCUGAGAUACUGGCACAAACACGGCACUAGAUUUUAUUGUGCACAAAUGGAACAGUUUUGGAGCUAAUUUACAGAUUACCAGAGCUUUCUCUGGUAGUGAAGAAACGUUAAUAUUUGCUGUAGCUAUAACAGCAUAUUUGGGGCACAGACUACAUUAAUGUUGCAUACCAAUGUAUGCUAUCUACCUCAUUCCCUCUGGGAUGAUCUUUAAGGGGUUUUGUUUCAUUCUGCAACUGACUUUUAGGUUUAUUUAUAUUAUAUAAUUAUUUUAUUUUUCAACAAGGGGGUGUAUUUAUCUGACAUAUUGACAUUUAUGUUUCUGUGCAGUAGGAGUGUGGAGGUUUUAGUUUCUAAUUCCCCCAUAUUGCAUUACUGCAAAAUUAUCUGGGAUUCUGUAUAGUUUAAAAACUAUGUUACAUAUUAAAUGUGUAAUACAUCUAUCAUUUUCACUAUGUAAACGGUGUGUGUCAAAACUGGAUUUGGGUACCGCAAACAUACCUAAAUGUGAUACUGUCUCUAAGGGAUAUUGUAGGCAACAUUUACAGUUUCACACUAAGACUAAAAUCCCUUUAUCUCUGUUUUGUCUUUUUUUUGUAAACUUUCAAUAUGUUUUGUAAUUCACUUUUAAACCCCAUCUCUUCUCUGUAUUGAUAUGGUUUUAGAAUAUGGUGGAAAUGUGGGUGAUAUUAUUUGAAACGCCAUAUAUAUAUUUGUUUUUUCAACAGUGUCAGUCACUAUCAUUCUUUUUAAAACUUCAAGAAUAUUU